CAGCAGCGUGCCCCUCGCGAGACAUAUUUCCGUCGUCGUGCUUAGGAUGUGAUCUUUUUGUCUGUAGAGACAGAUCUGAGACAUGUAGAUAGACUCGCUGCGUUGGUGAAAACAUGCAGAACCCACGACUUCUCCAUGGACGCGAACGUGAACCCAUCAUCGUGGGCCACUCCACGUGCUUUCCAAAGAAAGGGAAAUCGGAUGUCGGUCCCUUUCACUUGGACCCCACCGAAGUGAUGAUGACAUAACCAUCCAAAUCUCACAAGCAUAGCUCUUCCAAACACGUCCAGACCUUUGCCACUACCAUCUCUCUAUCAUCCACAACAAUCCAUCACGAUUGAGAACAAAUACCGAAUCCUAUUCCUCUUCAUAGCAGGAAUCGCCAUGUCGUCCUUCAUCCAACGCAUCUUCCGGCCCUUCUCAAGCUCCACCAUGCACUUUGCCGGCGAGCAGGGUACCGCCGCAGCAAUGACCCUUCCCGAAGGCGCACAAAAAGCUACCAUCGCCGCGGGAUGUUUCUGGGGCGUUGAGCACAUGUAUCGCAAGGACUUCGGUGACAAAGGCCUCUUGGAUGCCAGAGUCGGAUACAUUGGAGGCGACACACAGAACCCCAGUUACAGAGCCGUAUGCAGUGGACGAACAGGACACGCGGAAGCCUGCCAAAUCGUCUUCGACCCCACAAAAGUAACCUACCAAACCCUCCUCGAAUACUUCUACAAAAUGCACGACCCGACGACCGCCAACCGACAAGGCCCAGACACUGGCUCACAAUACCGUUCGGGAAUCUUCUACCACUCGGAUGAGCAGAAAGAGAUCGCAGAGAAAGUUACAAAAGCCGCCAGCGAGCAAUGGUGGAAAGGGAAGGUUGUGACAGAGAUUCUGCCGGCUGGCGAAUGGUGGGACGCAGAGAAAUAUCAUCAGAUGUAUUUGCACCACAACCCGAGCGGGUAUGAGUGCCCUAGUCACUUUUUGAGGAAGCUCCCAGAUCUGCAGUAUUGAAAUGAGAGAAUGAAUGCUGGGAAGCAAGGAUGGAUGAAGAGGAUGAAGUACAAGGGAUAUGAGCUUUAUAACGGCAUAAGAGCACACAGAUUCUGAUGCCGUAGGCAGUUGGAGUUGGAGACAGCUGUAAGCAUUAAGGUAUCAGCUGGGUCGCGUGAUUCCAAGUCUCGAAUUCACCUUAGGUCAUGCAAUUACAUAUUCCUGAAUGAGUCUUCGAAAGUGCUGAUCUAAACACAUGUACA